ACAUCCAAACUUGUUUUAAAAAUUGUCAGUGAUGGAGAAUCCACCGUGACCCUGGGUAAAUUGUGCCAAUGGUUCAUUACUCUCUUAAAAAUGUAUGUCUUAUAUUCAGUCUGAUUUCUCGAGCUUCAACUUCCAACCAUUGGAUCAUGUUAGACCUUUCUUGGAUAGACUGAAGGAGCCCAUUAUUAUUAAAUAUUUGCUCCCCAUAUAGGUACUUAUAGACCGUGAUCAAGUCACCACCUAACCUUUUUGUUAGACUCUUAAGAGCGCAAUCCAGUUAGUUUAUCACUAGGCAGGUUUUCUAAUGAUUUAAUCAUUCUCAUGGCUGUUCUCUGAACCCUCUCCAAUUUAUCAACAUCCUUCUGAAAUUGUGGGCAUCAGACCUGGACACAGCAUUCCAGCUGCGGCUGCACCAGUUCCAAAUACAAAGGUAAAAUAACUUCCCUACUGUUACCCGAGAGUCCCCUGUUUACGCAUCCCAAGAUCACACCAGCUUUUUCGGCCACAGCAUCACACUGGGAGCUCAUGUUCAGUGGAUUAUCCCCUGACUGGAUGAUCAGAGUGGUCCCUUCUGGCCUUCAAGAAUAUUCCUCAACCAUCUAACCCAGAACCGUCUCCUAGAGCUGCCUCUUACCUUCCGGGCCCCCCAUCUUAUCAAUAAUUUUAACUGCCACUUUCUGCUGGUGCUUUUUUGAGAAGGCCUCUUUCACUUUUGAGUAGGUCCCCUCCCCAAUGGUCUUGCCCAGCUGGUAGCCAUUGGAGAAUAAAAACUCCUCCAUCUCCUCUCUGAAUUUUGGACUGGUCAUUCUCUCAGGUCAUCCUGUAGAUGCUGGGAGAUGACAUCUCUGUGCUCUGCUUCUCUCCCUAACCAGGGCCUGCAAGAGUUGCAGCCCUGGACACUAGAUCAUUUUCCUGCCUAGACAAAGUCCCGUGAUGACGGGGGCAGCUGGGGCAGGACAUUUUAAAACUUUCAGCCCCUAUUAUGAUGUAACCUUGUGUUGCAUGGGUCAAAGGGGUUGGAUUUGCACCAAUCGGGGGCUGAACACCCCAAACGGGCAGUUACUUAACCUGAACAUAACCCUGUACUGAGUCACUCCAGGCGCAGCGAUGGGAUAAAUCUCCAGAGACCUAUUGGUGGGGAUCGUGGGUAAGGGACUUCUAUAGCAUAGCAUUACACAGGCUUUGGCAUAACGAAAGGACCCCAAAUAGUCCUCUGCCUGCUGCUGUAUUCACUAAAUGUGCAGCUCUGACCAAGUUUUCAAGGCUGGAUCCAAGUGAAUUUGAGGGUGGGGGAGAGAGGGAUCAGACCGCAAAUGAAUACAAGGGAUGGGAUUUCUGUUGUUUGCAUUACAUAGCACUUAACAAAACUACCUAGCUCUCAUCUAGCACUCUUCAUAGAUCUCAAAGUGCCUUACAAAGGGAUCAGCUUCCAGGAGGGAGCAAAGAUCAACCCCAGAUACGUUUCUAAUCUGGGCAUGGUCAGGGAAGAGCCCUCCUCAUCAUGAGACCCAGAGCCUUUUGGGGGAAAACCUGGGGCCGGCAGAGGCAGUUCCUCCGUUCACCUUCACAGCACAGUGGGGCUUUGACCCAAGACUAGCCCUAGAUGUGAACUAGGUCAGUCUUUUAUGCUGAUGCCGCUGCCCCUCAUGCUGACCAGUAUUGUCUCUUGGUUUCCUCGUGCUCCCCCAUUGUUCAUGUCUCGUGUUAUACUUCGAUUGUAAGCUCGGGGAGGCAGGGCCUAGCUUUUUGUUGUGUAUUUGUACAAUGCCUUGCACAGGGUCCAGUACUGAGGCUCCUAGCUGCCACUGCAGUCCAAAUAAUAAAUGAUAAGCAAGAAGGCCUUGGCCUGAGUCUGGUGCCUGGGAGAAGGGAGAAGGUCGUACCCUGUCACUCAAGGGUUGUGUUGUGAUGUCAGAGCUGCCCUUCUGUGUCACAAUGUAACAGCCUCCGUGCCUCCCACUGGCCCCCAUCACAUCUUGCCCUUUGCACUAGGUACUGCCGGCUGCCAGGUUUAUUCCUGGGAACUCUCUUGAGCCUUCAAGAGGUGAGCCUAGGCCAGAGAAGGAGGUGGCAGCUUGGGGCAGGGGUGGGCCUGAAAUCGUGGGCUCACCGUGCCCAAUCACACAGACUCUGACCUUGGUCCUUUUUUUACUCAGACAGGUCUGGGGCUAGGACAUGAGCUCCCAGGAGACCCCACAAGCUCGGAGAUUCCCCAUAGAGGCCGGAGAUUCUCCCAGCCUGGCAGCUGCUCCAGAGACCCAGGAGCCAGUUGCCACUGAGCACACUGCAGCAAGGCAGCUGAGAAGAUGCCCUGGGUGCCACUGCCUGACCCUGCCGAACGUUCCUAUUGACGUUUACAUUGCCAUGGGCGGGAACGAGAGGCCACGGACCACCUAACGGUUCCCCAAGUUGGGCUCAAGUGCUGAGACCACCGAGCUGGUCACCCGAAACUCUCUGACAGCUGGAGAACCGCAAAGGACGCCGCCACACAAAACAGUGACGCACAUUUUAAUAAAAGGACAUCUUAGAAUGUU